AGAAUUACAAACUAAAGACUGAAAGACAGGCAAAUCGGACAGAAACCAGUCACAGCAGUUAAAUUAGAAUUCCUCGGAGCUUAAACAAAAGUCCAGCAGUAUAAUCUUAAAUUGCUGUUCGCCAAUAGGGAAGAACAUACAGGGAGAGAAAAAGAAAGAAGAGUAGCGUGUGUAUCAGUGUGGGAAAGAUUAAGAAAUGCUGGCCAAGGUUAUCUCAGUUCUGUGUGUGACACUCUGGGUCAUGUCGUGUGUCAUCACCUCAGCUGAGGACCCGAACAUGACCAGAGCUGUGAAGCUGAUGUCUGAGACUCCACUCAUCGAUGGCCAUAACGACCUGCCUUGGCAACUUCGAAAGCAAUUCAACAACCAGCUCAACAAAGUGGAUCUUAACACACUCAGUACAACACACACCAACAUCCCUAAGAUAAAGGAAGGGCGGCUCGGAGCACAGUUUUGGUCAGCCUAUGUUCCCUGUGACACUCAGUAUAAAGAUGCUGUCAGACAAACACUGGAGCAGAUAGACGUUGUUCACAGGAUGUGUCAAAAAUAUCCAGAGACGUUCAUGUUUGCCACCAGUAGCAAAGAGAUCACAGAUGCCUUCAAUCUUAACAAGACAGCCAGUCUGAUCGGGGUGGAGGGGGGUCAUUCCCUUGACAGCAGCCUGGGCACCCUUCGCACCAUGUACUAUCUGGGGGUCCGCUACCUUACACUUACACAUUCCUGCAACACACCCUGGGCAGAUAACUGGCUUGUCGACACUGGAUCAGAGCCAUCUGAACACAACGGUCUGUCCUCAUUUGGCAAGCAACUAAUUGUGGAAAUGAACCGUCUGGGUAUGCUGAUCGACCUGGCUCAUGUAACUGUAGCAGUGAUGAACCAAGUGCUGGACCUGUCUAAAGCUCCUGUCAUCUUCAGCCACUCCUCCGCCUACAGUGUCUGUCCAAACAAGAGGAAUGUUCCCGAUGAUGUUCUCAGGAGAGUGAAUGCAACUGGAGGCAUUGUUAUGAUCAACUUCUACAAUGACUAUGUGACCUGCAGCAAGACCGCUAAACUCUCAGAUGUUGCUGACCACUUUGACCAUAUAAAGAAAGUGGGCGGGGCAGGCAUCAUCGGUUUUGGUGGAGACUAUGAUGGGGUUACAAGAUUACCAGAAGGUCUGGAGGAUGUGUCCAAGGUGCCCAAACUGGUUGCUGAACUGUUGAGGAGAGGGUGGACUGAUGAGGAGGUCAAAGCUGCUCUAGGAAACAACUUGCUCCGUGUACUGCGUGAGACUGAGAAGGUACGUGACGAUAUGAAGGACACGAAGCCAGAUGAUCUUCCUAUUCCAUAUAAUGAGGUGAAGAACUCCUGUAGGACGAGCUACGGUUACCCCAACACUGAUGGUGCCAAUGACGCUGGUGCCGUCCAUUCACUGAGCACACUGGUCCUUCUGCUCACACUGGCUCUCCACACUCUUAUAACAUCAACAGCUUUCUAGGCUGCUCAUCAACUCCUGAUUUUAUGCUUUCCACAAAUACAAAUUAAAUCUGAAAAAAAAGAAAUUCACUCCACUUGUGUUUUUAAUGUUGGAGCUUCUAUUGUCUCUGUGCUGACAACACACAUUAGCUGCAGUUUGUAAACAGCAACUUGCAGGUCUAAAACUAGGGUUAUAGAUUACCAACCAUGGAAAUUAU